UUUUGACUGUUUUGUAAAUUUCAGAUUACGGGAUCCCCUAUUCUACACCUCCAUGAAAGUAUGCAAGAUAUAUCUAUGUCAGCACCUACCAUAUCCCAACUGGAUCAAACAAAGCAACAAUUUGGAAGGCUGUUUUCAAGACUUGAAGCUCUAGCAGACAUAUGUGACAUUCAUCUCCUGGAAACAUGGAAAGAGCUGCAAACUCCCCCAGGUACCAUCAAAAUUGCCCCAAAUGCCAACGUGUUAAUGGAUAGUCAAGUAUGGGACCAAAUAAAGACAACAAUCAAAGAAUUGGAUGAAUUGGAUGAAGGUAAUUCACUGGGCCAACUAGUGCAACAAUUUCAGAUGACUCUAUACCAUCAUGCCCUCAGUAGUGAAGCUCCAUUAUAUGAGCCAGCAGCAAUGAAAGCGUUCACACAAAAACACUCUCCAGGUCUGUUUGAAAUGCUUUUAAGUUCAAUAACAAGGGAGGACUCCAGACUCUCAGAUGAACAUCAAGCUGUACAGGAGCAAAGAACUGUUGUUCUCCUUCACACACUGGCAUAUUUCAGGUACCCUAAAUGCUCCAUUAAGACCCACCUCCCUAACCUCCAAUUACUUUCCUUUCUAAAAUCCCUCUAGAGGCUAAAUUUU